CAUACCGUAAGCUGGCACGAUCGGAGGAUCGGGUUAUGAUAGCGCAGGCCACAGAUACGCUCCUGCGCCCGGAACAGCGCGCUGCUGCUGCUGCUGCUGCUGCGAUGCCGAUCAACGACGGCCACGGACGAUAGCGACCGCAUGCCAAACUGACAAUUCCAGGCCCGAGCGAGCGAGCGAGCGAGGGGGGCGUGAGCGGUAGGGAGGUGGGAGGCGUUUGUGUCUGACCACUACGUAAUUCCGCGCAGUGCCGAAGCGAUUAGUGCGUCGAGGAAGACGGAACGCCCGAGGGGAAAAAAAAGAAGGAUCUAAAGCAAGAUUCCCAGUUUCAGAUCCUUCCCGUUCUAAAGCUGCUUUUCCCGAGGGAGAGACGUACGACAAACGACAGGGGCGCGGGGACGAGACAGAGGAAGAGAAGACGAAGGAAGCAGCAAACGAAGCGUCAACAUGGACAGCAGCCUAGAACCAGGGAUCCGAAUCCAGCGGUCCGUCUCUGUCACGUCAGGGCCUACCCAAAGGGGCACAUCCUCCUCCUCCCACCGCCACCACCUUCACAGCGGCGGCCGAGCCCGCGCCACCUCGUCAGCCUCCAUGUCGGACACCGUGUUCGAGAGCAUAGUUGGGGGCGGCGGCGGCAGCGUCAAGAGGCGCAGGCACCGCUCGCUGCCCCACGGCACGCCGCUGCAGACCAUCGCGGACGACGGCGGCGGCUGCGACAAGGACGCGGCCACGGUGACCACGGCAGUGGCGGCGCCGGCGCGGCGAGCGGGGUCGGUUGUGCUUCCGUCGCCCAGGAGCUCGGUGCUCCCGGGGCCCAAGGGCCACGAGGCAAGGAUGCGCAUGAUCGUCAAACAGCAGCGCGAGGUCCAGGAGAUCCGUGAGCUCGCCGAGUUUUUGCGGAACAGGACGCCACCGCCAGAGAACUUCAUGUCUCGGCCCGACGACGCAAUGUCAAGCAGGUCCGCAUCGCCCGAGCCGCCCAAGAGCCGGUCGCAGCUGGCGCGGCGGUGGUGCGCCCUCAAGUCCGUCUUCGCCCUGCGGCGGCGCAAGGCGCACAAGGACGAGCAGAAGCGACGGGCGCGGCGCGCCUCGGCCGACCUGGCCCCUACCGCCGUCGCCACCACCGCCAUCGCCCACCCGCUCCCGAGGAGGCCCAAGACGGCACAGUUCAAGCUUCCCGACUCGGCCGUCGCGGGCACCACCAUCGCGGGCCACCGCCACAUCGCCAUUUCCAUCCCCGUCCAGCACUCGCACCUGGGGCCCGAGCCCAAGUCGCAGUACCCCAUCUAUGCGCCGGGCGAGGACCGCGCCGGCGGCGGCCUGUUCCUGUCGCCGCUACACGCCCCCGCUGCCGCCGCCGAGCUCGACGCGGCGCAGCAGGACGGCGGCACCCCGUGGCUGACGGCGCUCGGGCCCGUGUCCGAGGGGCACGAGUCGGGCGACGACGCGGCGUCGCGCAGCCCGCUGUCGAGCCCGGGCUACCACACCCCCAUAGGCAUGUCGGCGGCGACCAUCACGGCGACCCCGCCCGCGCGGGUCGUCAUGGUGCGCAACUCGACCCCGCCCUCCGAUCUGCGCGGCGGCCAAGCGGCGCCGACGACGGCCGCCUCGGAGGCGCGGCAGCACCCGACCGAGCAGCAGCAGCAGCGUGGGAAGGCGGCGGCUCUGGAGGCUCCAGCCCCGCCCGGAAGCCCACAGAGCGACUCCUACUUUACAGCUCCCAACAGCCUGAGCUCGGCGCCCGCGUCGCCUUUCGACAUGGGCACCUUUGGGCCCGGUAGGACCGGCGUCCGCUCCACACUAGGCGAUAGGAGCGUCUCGAUCGACAGGCUGCUCCACGGCGACGGCUCCGACGAGGAGGUGCACGAGGAUGAGGACGCCGCCGCCGCUGCCUCGGACCCGCAGAAGCGCUCCAACACCAACCGCAAAGGCGAGGCGGGUCACCACCGACGGCGCUCGUCCAUGGCCUCGCGCCAGUCCAUCGCCGACAGCAUCCUCACGGACGGGACCGAGCCCGUCAUCAUGACCGACAUCCAGACAGUCCGCCGCAUCUCGAGCAGCCCUUCCGUCGUGCACCAGCGCCUGUCCGCGGCGGCCCCGCGCCACAGCCUCCCGCCGGGGCUGGCGAUCCCGCCCCUGCGCGGGAGCGAGUACGGCGGCGGCGACGUGCCCGUGACCGCGAUCCGCCUGCUGCCGUCCCCCGUGUCCAGCAGCGGGAGCGACGAUAGCGGCCAACAUAAGCUGCGGCGCAUGUCGCGGGACAUACGGAACUCGCCGCCGCUAGGUGACGACGGGGUGCCGGGGACGCCAGCGUCACAGAGGACCAUCAGGCCGCAGAGGCAAGCAGAGGACGAACUCUACGUGGAUGCGCCUCAGGGGUUGGACAGGAGCCCGCUGACCCCGUUCCCGAUAGAGACCGGGUUUGUUGAACAGGCCGAGGGAGGGUCGGGUGAGGGCGGGGACGGCGCCGCCUUCUUCGCCUCGUCCUCGGGCGCCCGCGUGGGCCUGAACCUGGUCAUGACCGUCAGCGCGACUGAGGCCACGACGCCGCCGGGCAGCCGGGGGUCGCUGGCGGCGUCCGGCGUGGGCUCGUCGCGGCAUUCGAGCGUAAUCGUCACCAAGAGGCUGCCCGAGUUUCAGCUGCAACCGGCGCCGACGCGGCUCGCGCGAGGCAACGGCGAGUCGGGCACGGCGACGCCUGGUCUGACCCAGUCUCCGGCCUCGCCGGCGCGCCGGACCAAAUCCCUUAACCUGGCCGCCAGACACCUCGUAGUCGGCGGCGGCCCUCCGUCGGCCGUCCAGCAGCGGCACCUGCUCGCGCCGACCUGGCCCGCGGGCGACCAGCCGCUCCCGCCCACGCCAUCGAGCGGGCCCACGCCGCCAGACUCGCCCAAGCCGUCCAAGGCGGCUGCUGUCGCAACGGAAGCUCCCCCAGCCGAGGAGCCGGCGGCAGCUGUGCCGCUGUCCGUAAAUCACUCUCAACGGCGGUCCAGCGCCCCUGUGUCAGAAGCGGUCAAGUCGACUCAAGGCUCUGCUCGGAAAGUCUCGGCGCAGCAGCAGCAGCAGCAGCAAGAAUCACCGCAGAGCGCACGCAAGGAGCAGGGACAACAUACCGAGAAGCCCGAACAGCCAAUGGACCGCAUCUCACUGUCGCGCCGCAUCGAGCGCCGCAAGAAGAUCGCGGCGGCCGCAGCCGGCGCCCGCCAGGCCGAGGUGUUUGCCGCCGUGGCCGCGACGACGCAGGCGCAGCAGAAGCAGGCCGAGGAGAAACAGAAGCAGCAGGCACAGCAGGAGGACGAGCACGAGCACGAUGGGGGCGCCAACCACUUCUACCACCACCACUGCCACCACGCCGCGCCGCGGGAAGGCAGCCUGAACCGGCAGCGGCAAGCCAGCAUCCCCCGGUCGGCCUCGCUCUACUCGGCGUCUUCCUACGGCCGUCACCACCAGCAGGAGCACCACCACCACCACCGAAACCCCACGUCGGCGUCCGCGGCGGCGGCGGCGACACUCCUGACGCCGGGGGAGCGACGGGUCGAGGAGAUGGAAAGGCGGGUGCGACUGCUGGAACAGACGGGCGAGGCGUGGCUCGGGGCGCUGGUGCCGCUGAUCGAAAGCCUGGGCCGCACGCUCGAGGCGCAGCGCGCGAACCAGCAGAUCGAGGACUACCGCCGACGCCGCCGCAUGAGCAGCAACAGCAGCGUCGGGGAGUGGAGGCAGCCGCCACCGCCAGCCCCGGACGCCGCACCGUACGGGUCGCAGAGGGAGCGUCGGCGGCAGGCGAGCAGGUCCGAGAGGCCAAAGACCAGCGGCGGCUUCGAGAGCUACAGCCGGGGCAGCAGCAGGUCCGUUCGGCAGCCCGCCGACGAGGCCGACGGUGAGUUCGCCGUCCGCGACAGGGCGGCCUCGCUCCACCACCCCAAACCGCCGAUAUCGAGCUACUUUGGCCUGCCGCCGUCCCCAGCCGAGCGCGAGCACAUGGACGCCGCGGCGGUGCGGGCGCGGAGGCGCAGCACGACGAGCACCAGCAGCAAGCGGACGGCGGUGCUCGUCGGCGACUUCGAGGACGAGGUCUCGCGGCGCCUGGGGCUCGAAGACGACGCCCAGCAGCAGCAGCAGCAGCAGCAGCAGAGCCAGCGCCCGCGGUCGCACCACGGGUGGUCGCGCCAGUCGAGCCAGGGACCACUACCGCGCGGCAGCAGCGCCGCCGCCGCGCUGGACGAGGCGAAGCGCACGUCGCCGAGCGUGCGGUCGCGCCGGCCGCAGCAACAGCGGCCCGAGACGUCGCACAGCAGCCAGCGGCCCAAGACGGCGUACGGCCACCGCAGGGAGCUGUCUGGCGCUUCCGCCUUCUCGGCCGCCUCGUCUUCGCGCCUUGAGCACCACAGCAGCGGCGGCGGCGACGGCGGCGGCGGCGGUAGCAGCAGCAGGACGCGUGAGCGGUACGACGAGGCGGGCAUCGACGGGCUCCACGCCUUGGCGCCGCUCAUGAACGAGCUCACGGGUCACGGCGUCAGCCUGGAGUUUUACCCCAAGGAGCCGGUGCGGUUUGAGGACGAGUAUGAGGGAGACAUCUCUCCAUACUAGAUGGUAAUGGUAAUGCGACGAGACGGUUUAGACGGAGAGGAUCGGGGCUUUGCUUUUGUUGUUCUUUGGUAUACAAAAAUUCACGCUUGGAAGGAACACCCGCGACGCGUCGAUGCAGCAAUUUUCUUUAUCACUGAUGGGCAUCACGUAAGCAAGCCAAUAUCGAUUUUGGAAAUGAUAAAAAGAGAUCGUAAAUACCGCGCAAUUUACCCAAUUUCUCGUUUGUUA